AUGAAUUAACCAAAAAAUACUAGAUUUAUAACCUUUACAAUACCCUACUCUUAAAGUUAAGAUCCAUAGUUUCCCCCAUCGAAUUUAUUGGAAAUAUCAUCGACACCGUUGGGUUGGCAGAGCUGUAGGUUUUGCUAAUAUCCGUAAGAGUUGAUAUUGCAAUUCUAAUCUGCCAUAACCGUUCAUAAAAUGCAAAUUCUAUCUCACGAGAAGAAAAUACCUACAAAGAUAGAGGUUUUCAUUGGAAGACUGUAGGGGAGAAUGGAUUUAGAAAAUGCAAGUUUUAAAAAGAUUGGCUAUUUCACAUUUCAUUCCAACGAACAAUCAAAUUGGUAAGCCAGAGAGCUGAAAACAGUAUCAAUCGAUGAAUCUAAUUGCAACUAUCUAAAACUAUUGGUGCAUCGCAAUCAUGAAAAUAAGUUUAAUCCAUUUAAUCAAGUUGGUAUUGUUGCGAUCAGAAUUUAUGGAGAGAAGGCAGAACUCCCUCCACCAAAAAAGAUAAGUAAGGUCUAAGAUAAGGUCUUGGAUGAAUUAUACAAUCCACAAUAAGAUAAAUUGAUUGACACUAAAUUGUUGGCGCACAUUAUUGCACUUGAACAUUCCAAAGAUUAUGCAAUCAAGUAGGAAAACUAUUAAGAAGCCAAAAAACUCAAAAACAGAAUUACUCAACUAAGAUCAUUGGGAGUCUAAUUGAGAGAUUUGGAGGAGAGGAAAAAGGAAGUGUUAUAAAAUGAGGAUUAUGACUAGGCAGAAGCUAUCAAAGAAGAAAUUUAUAAAUUGAAAAUUGAGAAUGGACUAGUAGAUGAACAAGGAAAUGAAUAUAAACCCAAUAUCGAAAAGAUCAGGCAAUAAGAAUUGGGUGAAUAGGCAGAUAACUAUGAGGAUAGGAGAAAUUCAAAACCAUCAAUCAAAUAAAUAGAUAACAAUAAGAUAAUUGAGGAUAGUUUCGAUAAAAUGCCUCAAGAGGAAUAAACAUAUUUAAUUGAAUAAUUGAAUAAUAACAAUAACAUAACUCAUAUUACAAAUAAUUAAAAUGAGAAUGUAAAUACAAGUUAUUAAUAACCUACUUCUUUUGAUUAAUAACUUAAAAAUGAAAAAAUGUUAAAUUAUGAUGAGAUGGUAAUUCCAGCUUUAAAAAACAAAUAAAAUAAUAAUACUUAGAUUUUGGAAGAGUACUCAGAAGUAGAUAAAAGUAAAUAACAAAUUGAAGAGUUGAGUUCUGAAAAUUAGAAAUAGGUUGAAGCUAUCAAACCAUAUUAUGGAAUGGAUUUUUGCAAGAACUAUUUCUCUAAGAAUUGGGCUCGUAGAGAAGAAGGCAUUCGUUGGUUGAUUGAACAAUUUAACAAUCCAACUUAAAUCAAUUUAUCCAAUAUUGAUGGAGCCUUUUAAGCUACUUUAUUAUUGAUCUACAAAGGCAUUUAAGAUAAAGCAGACAAAGUAGUGUAUGCAAGUCUUUAAUUAAUGUAAUAAACCCUUCUGAAAUUGAAGCCAAACAAAUUAAAUGACGAAAGCCCUAUAAUAUUGGAUAAUAUCGUAUUGAUUCUCAUGGAGAAAAUGGGUGAUAUCAAUGAGAGACAUAAAGAAGAAUGCAAAAAGAUUCUAUUGACUCUAGCUGAAACAUAGAUUAUGGGAAGUGCUGGAGUGAUCAACCAUUUAGUGAAAGGGAUAACAACAAAACCAAAUCUAUAAUUAUCAUCAAUCAGACACAUUUAAGCCAGAUUAAUGCUCAUUUACAAUUUAAUCUAAAAAUAUAAAAUUAAUAAUGAAAGAGUUCCUUAUAAUCCUGUAAUGGAUGUUGCAAUCAAAUAUUUAGAUCACUCUGCUGAAUAAGUUAGAACUUGUGCAAUUUAUAUAAUAACAGAAGUUUAUAAAAAUUAAGGAGAUAAAGUGAGAGAAAGCAUAAAAGGAAUUAGACCUGCACAAUAGUAAAUUCUGGAUGAAUUGUUUUAUAAAAUAGACAACGGAGGGAAUGUUCAAACCUCCUUUGAAUAAGAAAAGAAACCAUAACCAAAGAAGAAAUAAUAACAAAAUAACCCCGAUUAAGUCUUUUAAUAAAUAACACAGGCUUGUGAAUUUUGUGGAAUCGAGAAUAAGGAAUUUAUUCAAAGUUAAAAGCUCGAUAUGCAUUUAUGGAAAGAAUGUGUUAUGCUCACAACUUGUUUAUCAUGUGCAUAGGUGGUUGAAGUCUCUCAAUUAACUAAUCAUCAUUUUGAAGAAUGCGAAUUUGCUAAAAACUAUCGAUAAUGUGAAACUUGUGGAUGUGCUGUCUUAGAAAACCAGAUGUCUGAACAUUUGAAUAAAAAAGUAUGUAAUACUUCAACAGGUGACACUUGUCCAUUAUGUUACAAGAACAUAGGUCUGAAUUGGAAAAUUCACUUAGCCAUUUGUGAACAACAAGAGCGAAACAAACAAUAGUCUGUUCCUUCAGAAAAAAAAUGA